ACACUGGGUUUCGACAUAUGUGUACCUACUGUGUAGUUGGAUACUCAAGUUGCUGUAAUAAAGUGAUUACACAAGAUUUGCUCUUCCAUGUUGACAUAAAGAUAAGUAUAAAAAAGAUAUACUACUUUAAUUUAGUCUGGAUGGUUGAGAGAUUAAAAAAAGGAAUUUAGGAAUUAAAGCGCAAUAAAACAAAUCUUGUCUAUUUACUGCAUCUACAAGUAUAAAAGCCAUACAGACAGGACAACUGAUUCUUUACUGCUGACAGUCGUCUUUGAAGACACCAUUUCUUGAGUAUGUAUCUACUAUACGCAGUUCUGUUACUCGCAUUUGUAUCUGCAUCCUUUAGCGAAACAUGUGAGCCUGGAGAGGGUCUUAGACAAUCUCCUAUCAACAUUAUCACGAAAAAUGCUCUUCGUUAUCUUGGCGAGCCUUUGAGUUGGAGCGAAGGAUAUAAAAAGGUCCCAUCGAGUAUGACUUUGGAGAAUGAUGGAUCUACAUUGAAAUUGACAGUAAAGUCAACUCUUCCACUUAUCCUGAAUACGCACUUGUGGCCCCCAUACCGUUUUGCUAAGAUACAUUUUCAUUGGGGAACCGGUCCCAGCAAUACAAUUGGCACCGAGCACAAAAUCGAUGGCCAGUCUUACGCACUUGAGAUGCAUGCUGUACAUGAAGCAAUUGAUGAAGAUGUUCCAGAUAAAUACUUGGUAGUGGCCUACUUAUUUAAAGUUUCUGAAUUUAGAUUUAGCGCCCUGGAUCCAAUUGCCGACGCCGCCAUUACAGCCGCAAUUAGCAGCGAUCAAGUAGCUCCGUUUGAACUAAAAAAGCUUCUUUUUGAGGAACCUUUCUCUUAUUAUACGUAUAGAGGAUCCCUUACCACACCGCCUUACUCACCAAAUGUGAGAUUUAUAGUCAGCCAAACUAUUUUACCAAUAAGUAUAGACCAAUUAGCGCUUUUUCGAAUAGCCGCGGAGGAAAAUUCGCUGUUAUCAGGCAAUUACAGGUGUUUACAACCAUUAAACAAUCGCACGGUCCUCUACGUUUCUCGUUGGUAAAAUAUCAAAUUGCAGAUUUUACUGUAUUUUUGUGGUUCCGUUUUUUUUGUAAAUGCAAAUAUUACAGUUACAUUAACCACUUG